GGUCAAGGACAAGCGGCCCUGUGGGCAUUACAGAAGAACAAAUCCCCACCCGAUGCAGCCCAGGAAUGAGGACCAACAAGCCUGCCCAGCUGAAGAUGCAAAUCCAAAGAGCUGCCUGUUCCCUUCGACAAGGCGUGCAGGACCUGACCAAGCUCCCGCUGGACAUGAGCAAAAGAGGCAAGACAUGAUUCCAGUGGGAAGACGACAGCAGUGCUUGUGCACCUUGUGAGCAGACAACAAAACGCAAUCGCAAACAAAAACCAGAAAUGGAAGAAACACACUAUGUGGCAACAAAGUGCCAGGGCCUAAUGAGUCUUAAUUACCCAGAUGAGCCUCACCUGUGGCUUCUACCCACAAACCCUCUGCAGUUUGGCCCAGGAGCUGUAGAUAAACUCAGGCCCUUCUUUUUAAUCCUCUUUGGGUGAUGCAGGAUUAUCAUUCCCUGGCUUACUCUACAAACGUCAAAGCCAAGCGAGAAGAAGGUGGAUUGGACUUUUGGACUAAAAGGCUUUGCAGAAACCCUUUGCUUGGAAUGAAACCCCUGAAUUGAGAAGACAUCUUGGCAACCAGCAUUCCAACGUGCUGAGAUCCUGGAUGGCACGAGCCAGACCUUGCAGGGCUCCUCCUCGUCCAACACCCGCAUCUCUCAUCCUGUCGCUUCCCAGUAUCGACCAGCAGAAAACAUUCUCUACUUUUGCUUUUAUCACAUGGCAACUUUAGUGGCAGGUUUUUGGGAAGCAGCCUUGUAAUCCGGGGAAAUCCAGCAGAGGUUAAUUGGAAAAGGAACGGCUUUUAUAAGCUUUGUGUUCAGGUGAAAGAACUGCCUGGAGAGGCUGUGAAUAUCCAUCAUUGGAAGAUUGCAAGACCAGAUUAGGGAAAGAUCUGUCACGGUGUUUAACUGAGCUUUCUUUCCCUGUUGAGAGAGGAUUAAAUGUCCUGUAGAGUCCCACCCAACAUGGUUUUGUACAGUAUUUCCGGAAGGGGCAUCCUUGAAGGGGACAGGGGUCAGGAACCUGUUCCACAAAAUGAAGUUGCAGAACAUGGCGCUUUCAGCGCUGAGGGGACAUUCCUUUGGCAUCACCUCCCAGUUAGCUCCAUUUAUGCUCAAUAGUUGCAACCAGAGCCAUUCAGAGAGAAUGAAGUAGUAAAAUCAGAGGAUUGAAGACUUACAGACCUCCUGCUGUUUCCCUCGGAUGCGGGGCUGACGUGAGACCUCCUACAGCAAAGCUCUAGAGGCUUGAAAAUCACUGCCGAGAAAUGCGAGCUUCUUUCACAACAGAACCAAGCCGGUGUUGAGCAGGACAUGAAAGAAAGCAGACCCACGGCAGAAGGUUGAGAUUGAUGUUUUUAACCUGGAUAAAGCAGAAUUUCUCAUAUUACUGCCCUCAACCUGGCUAAAUCUGGGAGAAGAAGAGCCAAAGCAUCCUGGACGCAUGUAGAAAUGACAGAGGAAUGGCCAGGAGCACCUCACCCUGUUGGUUCCCAAAAUCCAGGUAUAAAGAAACCAACCUGGAAAAGGGGUUAUUUCGGUUUUACUGACAAUUCCUGCUAGCGUUCUUCCCCUGAGAACUCAGAUCAGAGUCUCAGCUCAGAGCAGAGAGCAGCAAAUUCCUUCCAAGUGCUCCUGAAGGAUUGUUUCCUUAAUGCUCGAUAUUCUUAAAGGGAAAUGAUGCUCUUAUCCACAUCCAGCAAGCUGUUCUCUGCAAAUCACCAAGGAGAACACAUUUCCCCUCCGAUGAACUCUGCUCAUCAUCCCAGACCUAUUUAUUUGGGCUGUGGUUUGGCAAAUAUUCAGAUGUGAAGUAGACUUGAAGUACUUGGAAGUCAAAGUCAAACACAAGUCAAGGCCGACGGGAUUUUCUGGGGUUGCUCUUAUCAUCAGUUCAAUGUUUGGAUGGAGCUUUGACUCAGGGAUGGGAGGAAGGUGAUGAGUCGGGAGACUUCCAAGGCAUCCUACAGCAUCCUAAGGGGCUUCCAAAGCAGCUGAACAGAGGAGAUUCUCUAGAGGGAAAACAGCUCCUACCCAGCCAAGCGGAUCUGUUGCCAAAAGGUGUAACUCCCCUGACUUCAGCAGAGCUCCGCGAUUUACGGAAAGUAUUCAGAAUUGAUGCUAGGGAGAAAAGCACGUUACUCUGGCUCACACAAAGAAAUGGCCUAUUCUGUACCAGAAUUCAUUAUGUGCCCCGGCUGAGCUGAAUUUCCCCUGGAUAAUCUCUUAAAAUCUUUUAAUUCAACCUCUGGCGAUAGAGCCAGCCCAAGGCUUUCCGUGCUACUUAAAUUCAACAGAGACAUGAAUUUGGGAGCUCUUCUAAUUCCAUGUGCUGUCCGCUUGUCUACACGCACAACACAAUUUAUACUACAAGCUCAGUGCUUUGAUUUGAUUUCUGAAAGUUCUUAAGGCCUGACUUGUGUUUUGGGUCAAGUUAGAGACUGAAGAGGCCGCACACAUAUUUUUGGCUCAGUUUCGUUCCCUGUGUUUUGCACCAAUACAACUUUAUUUCUGGUAUGAAGGAGUUUUGAUACAUCUCAUGUUAAUUUGUCGCAUUGUUAGAGCAAGUUUGCUUCACUGUGUUGCCUCAAUAAUUCAGCUCUUGACAACUGGUAAUUUAUGUUUAUGGUGGGGUUGGGACAACACUAAUUCUAGACUGGAAUCCCACUGUUUUGAGCUAUACAGACACUGAACAAAAAUAAUCCAGGCUAAACCAUGGAUGUUUAAAGAUGAAAGUGUUCUUUGGGGUGAAGGGAAUCUCAGGUUUCAGUCAAAUGCUUUAAAAAACAUACUGUAUUUUUACGUGUGGAGCCAGCAUGAUGUUGCAGUUUGUAUUUCACCGAAUGGCAAUUUGGCCGGUUCUAAUCCCGUGUUAAUGAUCUGGUGCAGCUGAGGUGGGAACUCUGUGUCUGGCCUGGGUUCCUCCUGAGCCGUUGGGGAUAUAAAUUCUCCCUUUCUUUUCAUUUCUAUCUUUCCCACAUCCAGCUCCAAGAUGCUAAGGAGGAUUUCUCGACAGAUCUGUGAAGUUUAGAGCUUCUUACAUUUGAAAAUGUGACUUCUGCUAAAGCUGCGAAGAUGCCAAUUGCGAAGCAUGAACAGAGAACAUAUUUGCUCAGUCAUCAUGCCAGGAGUUUCUAUUUCUACUCGUUGCUGCACAAACUGCUGCUUGUUCAAAGUCUGAAGUAAUGCUGAGAAGCUUCACGUCUGAUUUGACUUGAAAAUGUUGUUAGCUAUUCCGAAAGCAAAAUGAACCACUCUCCCGAGAGCUGGAUGGGUAGGAAUCAAAGCCUGGGGAUGCUCUUGCUGCAACAGUGACAGAAACAAAAUAGACAUCUGGUGUGUUUCGCUAUAAUAACUUAUAAAUUCAGGAGAACUUUGAAGUGCCUCAAGAAUUCCAGCCCAUAGUAACCUCACCACAGCCCUGUCACUGCGGUUUGUUCCCACCAACUCAAUCAGUUCUCACCAAAAGUGACCUUGGAAAUGCACCUUUUGGAAUGUGCCCCUGAACUUCCCAUCGUUCUUCAAGGAAGCAGUAAAACCAGGUUUCAAACUAAGAUAAUGUCUCAGUGCUGCUCUGUCCUGGCACCAACCACCAGAGCUGAAUUCUCAAUGAAACCGGAGGUGGAGGAGAGGAAAAGACUUGCAGAAAACCUGGAAUUUCACUGCCUACUUAGGAUGCCCUUAUGUACACGAGAUGCUGCCACACAGACGGGGGCUUAUUCUGCUCGUCUGCAUCCCGAGGAGCAUCAAGGAGCCGCCGGCGCCCCAAAGAACUCACAGUCAAAGGAAAAGAAGCGCUGUUCUGCAAAUGCCCAGGACAAAUCACACGACCGAUUCCCUCACGGCAGCUCUGGUAUUAUCGAGAGGCAGUUUGUCAAGGAAGCAUCGAUGAAAAAACAGAGAUGGAUACAGUAUGGAUGUGGGAGUCUGUCCUUUGGCUGCUUCUCUCCAAAUCACAACAAUUCCAACAGCAUUUGUCUGGCUAUUUUCAGGCUGCAGAGACGUUUGAACGGGGCUCUGUGCCCCAUGGAGAGCAGGAGGCGGCAGCUGCUGUCCUGGAUCUUUAUGGAGCUGCUCGGGAGGCUCUGCCUGAUGCAAGGGAAUUCAGGGAGUCAAGGACACGCUCAGCACCUCAAGGACUGAUGCUGAAGAGAGCAAUCAAGCGGGUAUUGUGUGUGGUGGUGAGCAAAGAACUCGGAAUCUGAUUUCUGCCAACAACAAGUAAAAGCUGCCAGCGUGUGUUGCUUACCUGGGAGAAUCCACAUCCAGAUAAACAGUUGAAGACGAGCAUUUCUGUGCAGCAAGGAAGGGAGCAGACCUGCAUUUCAAACUGCUCAGGAAGCCUGUAGGCCAGCCUGGUGUUUUUAAUCAAAGAAUGCUUGGAAAAUUGGAUCAGUAUAGACGUGUGUGUGCCUAGACUGUACCCAGCGCUGCUGAUUUUCGGGGGCUAGCUGCUGCACAGCACGAGCUCAAAUGGCUGUUGGAUGCGGCUCUUGCAUAACUAAAUUUUCCGCAUGGAAGUGUACUAGGAAAAAGAAGCUCUGUAGAAAUACAUUGUCUUUUGAUAUAUUUAAAAUAAUCGCUGCAUUUUUACGAAGUUCUAAAUAGCUAGGCCAAGGUCCCCUCCUAAGUGGACAGAUCUAUAUCAUGUAGGGAGUUUAGGUGACGUUGCUGAAUCGUGACUUAUUGUGCUUAUAAUUUCUGGUAUGUAAUGGCACGGUCAUGCAUAUUGCAAAUUGCUAUCAAGUGGGGAUGUGCUUUUGUUGGCGUGAAUUCAUACUAACGACUGAGGACUCAAGCAAAGCGGAGGCCUGGGAAGUAGCAGUCUAGAGACCUGAUUCUGUUUUCUUUUUACCUCCAUGCAUUAACUGUAUUAGAGACAGAAAAUGCAAAUAUAUACAUGAGAGGGAAGGUGAAAGCUGUCCCAUCAUUUUUAGACCAACCCAUAAGGUCUGAGGGGGUUUGCCCCACUGUUUUUGCUGUUGGUCUUGAUCCUCCCAGGUAUUGAGCAAAGCAGAGAAGGGAUUGAAGGAGCUCAAAGUUUUAAAAAAUGAGACUCUUGAGUCCUGCUUCUGCUCCCCCUCAUGUCAGCAGCAGAAGUUGCCUCGUUUUGGGGGCUGGACACACGUCUGUGGCAGCAUCACGCUCUGCAGAUUGCAUGGAAAUGCAGAGCUGGGCUGCAGAGAUCGCUGUGGGGGGAAGGUGAUGAGAACAGAGUUGCUGGCUCCAAGACCUGAGCUAGAAGCCCAUUUGGCUGUGGACAGUUUAUCUGCUAAAUGCCACACAGCCCUGGUGCCAGCGGGGGGUGUUUCGGUGGCGAGGGACAACCCUACUCGCGGCACCAGCACCUGUUGCCAUUUUUGCCUUCGAGUUGGGGUUUGAGUCUCAUUUGUGGCCGGCAAAUCAUUAACAGCAAGAGUUUAUCUGGGCUAUAGUUUUAAGUCAUGCUCCUGGUAAGAAAUGCAACAAAUUAUAUUGAUGAUUCACUAGGUGAUGUUGUUCUCCUGUCGUUACAGAUAUAUACAUGUUCUUUAUGAAUGGAUAUAUGCAAAAUAUAAAGCAUAUUUAUUAUUGGCAAAAAGCUCAAAAGCUCAGCCAUAAAUUCUCUUGUUCCAGCAAACCAAAAAUACUCUAUUACACGCACACAGCUGUAACUGCACUCCAGUGUGAUUAUGCCUCUGUUCCACAGCGACUAUUUUGUAAUAAUAGCUUUAUUUGCCAUUGCUAAUGGCCAGCAUGGAUAUUUACCAGAUACAGGCAUUUUAAUUUCCGCUCUAUUACUCACAGCUUCCCUGCAUGCUAAAAAUUCCUCAGUUUAUGUUACAGGAAAUGCAUUUGAGGAAUUCUCCCGUGGCUCUUGUGUAGAUGUCAAGACUCAGACUGCACCAACAUUGCAUCAAAAGUAUGUGUUAAGCACUGCGUCGUGUUUCCAAAGCCUGCAUGUAUAUAAUCUGGUGAUGAAGUUAAGACAUUAAAUGCUCAGUUUACUUGAGGGA